UGUAAAAGAACAACUACUUUUCAUGUCCAGAAUAAUUUUUUUUGGGAGUUUGGGAAAAACAUGUGAUGUUAGGGUAACUCUAUUAAGCAACAAGCAAUUGGGACUUCCACCAGAGCCGCACGAGAAAUCUUUUUUUCAAAGGUUAACAGAAUCUUUUUAUUGCUUGUUGUUGAAGCACAGAGAUUGAAACGACAUGUCUGCUCUCGAGGUUGAAAGUCGUAUAUUAAGUAAGAAGACCCAUGGCGGGUUUGAGGAGGAUUAUGAGGAGGACAAGGAGGAGGCUGUGAUUGCCGUUGGAAACGAGGGGACGGCCGGUGGUGCGAGUACCGCCUUGACUGGAUCAGUUAAACCGCGACCGAAGAAGAACACGCACAGGGUCAAAGAUGCGAGGCUACGGCAAAACCUGCGGAGAGCAGAUGGCAAAUUUCGCCAGGCCAAGGCGGCCGUCAAGGCCAGUGAGUUGCUGCUACAAGAAGAGGCCGGUUUUCUUGAAGCCGAAGGGAUGGAGAAGACAUACAAGUUCACUCAGGAAGAAUUAAAGAAGAAUGUUGACGUGACCACGGCUUCGAAAGCGUUUGAUCUCACGCUUGAUUUCGGCCCGUACGAGAUUGAUUAUACCACCAACGGACGGAAGAUCUUGCUCGGUGGUCGGAAGGGACAUAUCGCGUCAUUUGAUUUCCGCGAGGGAGCGCUUGAUGCUGAAUUGAACGUGAAUGAGACGGUGCGGGACGUCAAGUAUUUGCACAACGACCAGUUCUUUGCUGUCGCUCAGAAGAAGUACGUGUUUAUCUACGACAAGACCGGAGCCGAAGUGCAUUGUCUCAAGAAACAUAUUGAAGUCACACAUAUGGAGUUCCUGAAGUAUCAUUUCCUGCUGGCCACUGUCGGAAAUGCGGGAUGGCUUAAAUAUCAAGACACCUCGACUGGCGACCAAGUCUGCGAGCUACGGACGAAGAUGGGGCCGAGCACGGCGAUGACGCAUAACGCUUACAACGCUAUCGUUCAUCUUGGUCAUUCGAACGGUACAGUGUCGUUAUGGUCGCCAAACUCUACCACGCCACUUGUGCGGAUGCUGUGCCAUAAGGGGCCUGUUCAGGCUAUCGCAGUUGACCGCGGUGGACAUUAUAUGGCGUCAGCGGGUGCUGAUGGGCAGCUCAAGAUCUGGGAUGUUCGGACGUACAAGGAAGUUCAUGCUUACUACACGCCGACUCCCGCAAACACGCUGAGCAUCAGUGACAGAGGUCUUUUGGCCGUUGGCUGGGGUCCCCACGUCACCGUCUGGAAAGACGCUUUGAAAGUCAAGCAAAAGUCUCCCUACAUGACCCACCUGAACCCGGGUUCGACCAUCAACGAUCUCCGUUUCUGUCCGUUUGACGAUAUUCUCGGCAUGGGCCACGACGGCGGCCUGUCAAGUCUCAUCGUCCCAGGCUCAGGAGAACCUAACUUCGACGCCUUGGAAGCCAACCCGUACGAGACUGUGAAGCAGCGACGCGAGACCGAGGUCCAGGGUCUGUUGAACAAGCUGAAACCGGAGAUGAUUGCCCUCGACCCCAACUUCAUCGGCGGCAUCGAUGCGCGUGCGCCGGAUGAGCGGAAACAGGCGCUGAAGCUGGAGACUACGAGCGAGACAGACAAGAUUAAGGAGGAAAACAAGAAGCUGCAAGUGAAGGCCAAAACGCGGGGUAAGAACUCCGCGCUGCGGCGAUACCUGCGCAAGAAGGCGAGCAACGUUAUCGACGAACGACGGUUGCGCGUGCAGGAAUCGUGGGAGAAGGAGAAAUCGAUGCGGGAGAAUUACAGGAAGAAGCAGCGCGGGGUGGCGGUGGAUGAGGUUGAGGUUGGGCCUGCACUUGCUCGGUUUGGAAAAUAGGCUACAAGUUUGCAAGAGCAUGUCAUAAUCAAAAGCAUU